CUUGAAUUUUAUUUCAUCUGAAAUUUAUCCAUUAGACCCGCCCGGUAAUAAUGAUAAUGCCCAUCUCUUUCUGUAACAAUCCGUAUGUAACAGAACCUCUUCCUCCGCUAUAUACAUGCCUAUAUAUCCGGCCUUUCCUCAUGCCUGCUCAUAGUCUUCCGGGAUUUUUGAGUGUUUUCAGUUUAUUGGGUUUUCUUUGAUUUGUCCUGAAGAGAGAGAUUUUAGUGAGAGAAAGAGAGAGAAGAGAGAUGGAGAUUGAUCUGUCACCCAAGUUGGCUAAGGAGGUGCACGGCAGCGAUGGAGGCAAGUACUACGCCUGGUCGCCGGAGGAGCUGCCAAUGCUACGUGAAGGCAACAUAGGCGCAGCCAAACUCGCCCUUGGAAAGAAUGGGUUCGCCCUUCCUCGUUACUCUGAUUCCGCCCAGGUCGCUUAUGUUCUUCAAGGCCAUGGUGUUGCUGGGGUAGUCCUCCCAGAGAAGGAGGAGAAGGUGCUCUCUAUAAAGAAGGGUGAUGCCCUAGCCCUACCUUUUGGUGUAGUUACAUGGUGGUACAACAAGGAGGACACCGAACUCGUAGUCCUUUUCCUGGGCGACACCUCCAAAGCCCACAAAUCCGGUUCCUUCACUGAUUUCUUCCUAACUGGCUCCAACAGCAUCUUCAAUGGCUUCUCAACUGAGUUUGUAAGCCGAGCAUGGGAUUUGGAAGAAAGUGUCGUAAAGACACUCGUUGGAAAGCAAGCGGGCAAGGGCAUUGUCAAGCUCGAUGCAAGUGUCAAGUUGCCAGAACCCAAUAGUGAACAUCGGAAUGGGAUGGCGUUGAACUGUGAGGAAGCUCCUUUGGACGUUGACAUUAAGAAAGGCGGUAGGGUGGUGAUUUUGAACACUAAGAACUUGCCUUUGGUCGGGGAGGUUGGACUUGGGGCUGAUCUUGUUAGGCUCGAUGGGAGUGCUAUGUGCUCUCCUGGUUUUUCCUGCGACUCAGCUCUUCAGGUGACUUACAUUGUUAGGGGCAGCGGUCGCGUUCAGGUUGUUGGGGUUGAUGGAAAACGUGUGUUGGAGACGACUCUCAAGGCCGGUAAUUUGUUCAUUGUGCCGAGGUUCUUUGUUGUUGCAAAGAUUGCUGAUCCGGAAGGCAUGGAGUGGUUCUCCAUCAUCACCACUCCUAACCCUAUUUUCACCCAUUUGGCCGGAAGUAUUGGAACGUGGAAGGCCUUGUCCCCGGAAGUGAUCCAAGCUUCGUUCAACGUUGGUUCGGACAUUGAACAGCAGUUUCGCUCGAAGAGGGCUGAUGAAGCCAUCUUCUUUCCUCCUCCAAAUUGAGAAAGGAUCAGCCUUUUUCCAGCUUUAAUAAUAGGAAAAUUAGUGUUUAUACUACUCGUAGCAUUUUAGACGAGUUUUUCAGUUUGGUAAUUUUCUUUGGAUUGUUUUUCUCUCUUACGGUGGACUAUGUUUUUAAUUUGGAUAAUUGGGUUUUUCAGUUUAGUAAGUGGAGAGUUUGUUUUA